CACACUUUUCGUAAGUUAUAUACAAGCAACCCAUCUCUUACCCACUCACUCGCUCUUCUUCAUCUUCUUUUCUUCUUCUUGAGUUAGUUUCCUGUAAGCUAAACAAAGAGGUGCUUACCAGCUCUUAACCAGAUGGCGAACCCACUUCCUCGAAUUCCGGCAGAUAUUGAACCUCGUCGGAAUGAGUACCUCCUUCAGAGAAUAGAAGAAGCAAGAGAAAAGAGACGCACAAAUCCUAAAAAUCAUGGAAACCUCCUCCAAUUGGGGGCAGCACUUUUAGAAUUAUCGCAAAGCCACACUCCCAGUGAUCCUCAGGUUUCCCUCGAUGAGUCCAUCGAUGUGUUAGACGAAGCACAUCAUCUAAACAAACAAUCACAUAACACUAUGUGGUUAUUGGGCAGCGCGUAUGCUUUGCGUGCAACUCGUCCUGCACAUAUGCACCAAUAUGACUCUGGCUUUGCAAGCAUGUACCUAAGAAAAGCACACGAAGGUGAUCCAGGGAACCCACUUUAUGCUCGAACUGUUCCCGUGGAUCGUAUGGAAGACAUCCGGGAAUUUUUCAUUGAUAACUGGCAGUGGGGUGCUCUUGGUGCCACUGCACUUGCUGGAAUAUGUGCAGCCAUAUGGGGCUCGCAAGGAUAAGCUGGGUUGAUGUUGAUUGCAGGUGAAAGAUGUACUCCCCCCC